AUGCCAGUGUCCUCCGCCUCCAAUCUGGUGCCUGGCGCCUCGGUGUCUCUGUUAGGCUUCGCAAGCUUGGCAUUCGUAGUCCACUGUGCUUUGUUCGAGGGCGAAUUCCUGCGCCUGAUCGCUGUCUCGGCCAUGUGGAGCGUGUUGGUCGCCACGCCGCUGUGCAUCUGUGCAGCAGCCGCCCAAUGCAUCGACUGCGCACGAGCCGCUGGAUGCACCGAUUGCCACCAAGCCUUUGACGCGCGAGCAUCCAACUCGAGCGCUGACUUUGACAGGCCCGAGCGCACAUAUCCAGUCGCAGUCAAGACGCUCAACCUCGCCGGCUUCUUUGACUGCCUCGACGCUCCUGACUACCCCUCCGACCAGAUCAUUUACGCCGUGGAUCGACAGGGGGUGUUCAUCGAGGUGGACAUGGGCGACCUGCUCGAACACGCACGACGCCCGACCCAAGAUUGCAACCAUGUCGUGACCGACGAGACCACAGUGCUGGACUAUCUCACCUUGUUUCAUGGGCCUAGCUUGGGCGGUCGCUCCGUGGCUUUGGCCGCAGAGGACGAGACGAUCGUCGGAUCCAAUAUCGACCCAGACCAGUCGGACCCCGACCCAGAUACAGUCUUACUCGGCCAGCCCAUCGGUCCCGAGUUUUGGGCAGCAAGACACGGCGCAGACUUUUGCGCAGAAUAG